CCAGUGCCGGACCAUCAGCUCAGCUGAGUACAACCCAAAGCAACCGUCAUGAUUGGAACAAUUAAAUUUGACUAAUUUUAAAUACAUUUUGAAUUAAUUGCAAUUUUCUUUAAAGUAAAAAAAAAAAUAAAGGUCGCUUCUUCAUUUUACUGUGCUUUGUCUCCGUACUGGCUAAAUGGCAGUCCACGGCAGCAUCCAGCGCUUCCGUGAUAUCCUAAUACGGUAACUUUUCUUUCGCCAAAGUUAAAAAAACAAACAAAAUCGAAUCUUGCUUAGACUGAUUUGUGCUGGGCUUGUACUUUUCUCCAUUGCGACUGCUUUAACACAACUUUCUGUCGGUGUCAAUAUAUAGUUAUUGGCAGUUAUUGGCUGGAAUUAGGAAUCAGUUGGAACCUAUUCAAAUUUAAACUCCGUAUUUCAAGGGCUAGGUCAAAAUUGUUUUGUUAAUUUUCAUUCGCGGUACAUUUUUCAUCUUGCUCCUUUAGAAAAGCUUGAGAGAAAGAGAGGAAAGAGUGACGUAAGCAUCGAGAAAAAAUGUCGCCUUCCCUUCAUCGAUUGAUUGGCAGGGCGUGGUGUGGCCUCGAAUUUAUUCACCUGCUGCACCUUGACUGAUUCUGAGCUUAGUCUAAGAUUAGUUUAUUAGCUUCCACGGCCAAAUACAAAAGUUCAGAGUUCUCCGAUGGUUGUCGACUCGUCUUAUUCACAAAUCCUGUUCUGAUUGUUGAAUUGAUUCAGUGAUCCAAAUGUUCUGAUCUUCUGUGGCCAUUUCUUUUAAAGGGAAAAAGAUAAAUGUGAUUACUGUCGGUGGCCACUUCUCCAUUCCCCGACAAUCAGCCCACGUGAGUUGGGAACGUAACAAGAUGGAAGGAGGGGAGUUGACACAUCACCAAGUCGAUCACGACGCGUGGUUGAGCUGAUUGCUUCAUCCUAUCGAGAACGACCCAAUUUGACUGAAAAUUUUUAUUUGACUGACAUUUUUUUUUUAAUUAAUUUUUUUUUAAAUAAAAAAUACUACAGGUUAUUUGGAACAGUAAAACUUGACAUUUCGUGAUACUUCUCUUUCGUGAUACGUAGCAGACGGAUUACUACUCCUCUGCGUCUUUCGCGAAAGCCGAAGGGGCCAAAGCAGACGAACCCACACUGCGCAAUCGCUUUAUCUAUUAAUCUUCUGUUCUGAAUCGGAUUUCGGGGUGUUCCUCUGUUGAACUUGGCACUUUUUUUGUAAAAUUCUGAUGAUCUACUUUUUGAAUUAAGCUGGUUUAACUGCACAAAAUGGCUCCAGAAUCUGAAUAUUUUGAAAAAACUUGGUCUAAUUUAGAGAAAAUAGUUAAAGGUAUUGUUACACUUGGAAAUGUUUCUCCUACUGCAUGGGAAAGUGGAUGUAGUCAUGUGAAAUUCCUGUGCAAGGCUAAUCCCACUUUAGCUUGGCAAUAUUACGACAAAACUAAAAUGUGUUUAGAGAACCAGGUUAAAUCUCUUCUCAUUCAAGUGAAUGAAAAAAGGAAAGAAGAGACUCUCACAGAAUACUACAAGCUUUUGCAGCAAUAUACCCAAAGAAUUACCCGUUUGGACAAACUCUACACACAUUUGAAUACAAAUUACUUAUGGAGACCAAAAAUUACGGAACCAGACUUCCUUGCUCUUUUCGAGAGGGAGGAUUUUGAAGAGGAACCUGAAGAAAGGAAAGAAAUUCUAGAACUAGGUAUAAAUCACGGGCUAAAAACCAAUAAAAAGUAUGGUUUUUCACGCUUUUUCCCGCGGCGCGACCCUUAAAUAUUUUUUACCCCUCGAAAUAAAAAAUACACGGAGUUUUCACAUAUCAAAGAACCCCGAUCCACAAACGCCCUUGUGAACAAAAAAAAAUCGUUGGGAAUGAAACGCCCUAAUAUCCAUCUCCGAAGACAUGUUUUGGCACACAAUUCAUGGAUGCUGAUGUACGAGAAACCAAGUGUGACGACAUAAACCAUUUCUUCAAAUCUGUUUAUCAUGCUUGUAAGUACAUUUUCAACAACUUCCAUAACAAGUGACCAAUUUAAUGGAUUCACACGAUUAAUCAUCCUUAUGACUCCUCACUCCUUAUGAGUCGUAAUUGCAAUCGCAGCCAAACACGAUUAAGAACUCAUUCAAUUGGACGUGAUAACCGCAUUUCUCUAUUGAGAACGAUGGAAAAGUCGACUGAGAAAUAUACAUUUAACAGCCAGAAGGCUACGUCACCGCUGGACGUGAAAACGAAGUAUG